AUGGGCGCGUAUUUUCCAGUUUUCCGGCAAGUGUCGCCUAGCUGGCAUAGGUCUUGGCGAGGCGUGUGCCGAGCAACGCGAGCGGCGCGCGCGGUGGUGGUGGCAUGUCGCACGCGCCGCCGCGGUUGCACCUCGCCCGCUGUCCGCCUAGCCGCCCGCGCCGCCUCCCCGCUCUGCCGCACCACGCGUGCGCUGGGCGCGUCGCGCGGGCCGCGGGCCAGGCCCGCGAGCCUGCUGCUGCUCGCCGCGUGGCUGGCGGCCGUCGCCGCCGACCUACCCUGCCCGCAGGAACCCCCGCCGGCGCACGUCGUCUGUGCCUCCUGCCGCUCCUACGAGAACGCGCGCGAGCACAGCCUGCGGGUGAUCCGCGAGAGCUUGCUGGCUAAGCUCGGCUUCGCUCAGGCGCCCAACACCACCGGCCGGCAGCUGCCGCGAGUGCCGGCAGAUCUCAUGGAGCGCUUCGAGCGCCGACCGCCGCUGGCGGGCGUGCAGGCCGACGCGCCGGCACUCUCGCGCACCUUCGUCACUCACACGGAGCAGGAUGACUUCCUUGCCCGCACCGAAAAUGUCCUCGUGUUUGCCCGCUGGAAGAGGACUUUACAAGGUUUUAUAUUGGCUACUUUAAAGCAUUUUCAGAUUGGUUGAAAUAGAACGAGAACUCUAAAAUGAGUGAUCUGCGAUAAAUGGAAAACAGAGAUUUUGGACAAUUCGCGAUUUGAAUAGAGAAAACUUAAGUCCAAUUACUUCACUUUCACUGAAUGGUUAUAGUUCUAUACAG